UUCAUCUCUUUGAUUAGUUUUUAAGCAAAGAAAAAGAACCCAUUUUUUAUUCACCAAAGAUGUUGCAUAUAAGGUUCAUAGAUAUAAUACUUUGGGUUUUCUUAGUUUUAUAUACCCUCAAGAACUCCUCAAUGCAUGCUCAUCAAGGUGAUGAAAGUAAAGAAUAUGUUGUAUCUGUUCGAAAGGAAUUUGAUGAGGGUUUUAGAGGAAGGAAAAUGGGAGGACAUGAAGUAGGUGUGGAUUCAAAGAAUUCAGGUGGGAAUAAUGAUGCUGAAAUUAUGUCCACCCAAAAAUUUCACGAUCAAGCAAGUAAUCAGGUUGAAGGGCACUCUAAAGCAAAACCCAGCUUGAAGAAUCUUUCUUCAAGGCGUGAUAAUGAUGAACCCACAGUCAUGGGCAACACAAUUGAAUCAAAAAGGCUAUCUGAGGCAGAUGCUAAAGAAGUUAUAAACUUGAUGAAUAAAGAUUACAAAGGAUUCGACCAACCUCGACAAAAGCCACCCAUCAACAAUCAUGUACCAAAACAUUGAUUAAAGUUUCUUGUUUUGUAAUUGUAACCUUUGGGCUAUGUUUUUUUUGGGGGCUCACAAUUUUGCAUCUCAA